CAUAACUGUCAUCAAUUAAUGUAAUAUGAAAAAUGAAGAAAAUCACAAAAAGAAUUCAAGAACGACAACAGGAGAAAAAAAGAGCUUUAUAUGUUCGCCUUCCGCAUACGAUAAAAGAUGAGGAAGAUGUAGCGAAAUUAUUUACUGGUAAUUUCAAAGUAAAUCUUCUUCGACAAUCUAGAAGAUACUGCUAUGUAAUAUUUCCUAGUCGAAGGGAGAAAGACAAAAAUUGGAAAGCAGUAAAAGAUAUAAAAAUAGAUGGAAAACGUGUGGUUGUUGGUCCAGCGAUAACUAAAGUUGAGAAGAAACCUCCUACAAUAAGAAAAAAGAUUGUUAUACCCAAAAUAAAACCAGAUACCAAAGUAACAAGACAGUAAGUAGUA